AUGGCAAUUGCAACCAUGACUACUCCUCUUCCUCUUUCCUUAUUCCCUUUUCUUCUUUUUAUUCCCGCUUUCUGUUUUACCAUUUGUCAUGCCAAUUCCAACCUACUUUGCAUCGAAAGUGAGAGAGAAGCUCUUUUGAAAUUCAAGAAUCAUCUUAUUGAUCGUUCAAACAGGCUAUCGUCAUGGAUUGAAGGUGGGGAUUGCUGUGAAUGGACUGGAGGCAAAAUAAAUCCUUCACUGCUGGAGUUGAAGCAUCUCAGUUUCCUGGACUUGAGCAAUAACAAUUUUAGCAGCAUACAUAUUCCGAAAUUUUUCGGUUUGCUGGAGAGUUUACAAUAUCUUAACCUCUCUUAUGCACAAUUUCAGGGAGCAAUUCCUCAUAACCUUGGGAAUCUCUCAAAGUUGCAGUAUCUUGAUCUUCGAGGUAAUGAUCUCAAAUCAAAAAGUCUUCAAUGGGUUUCUGGACUUUAUUCCUUGCAGUACCUUGAUUUGAGCUUUGCGAAUCUUUCUAAAGCAACCGAUUGGGUACAGGUACCACUCAAACUUCCUUCUUUGUUAGAGUUGCAAUUGUCAUUUUGUGGUUUAGAAGAUGUUCCAUCUUCGAUCAAUGUUAAUUCUUCAAAAUCACUGGUUGUUCUUGAUCUUUCUCGGAACUUCUUUUCUUCAGUACCUAAGUGGAUAUUUAGUCUUCAUGGUCUUCUGUCCAUUGAUCUUAGUGUAAAUUCUUUGGAAGGCCCAGUUCCAGAUUACUUUGGGAACACCUCGUUUCUUGAAGUUCUUGAUCUUAAUUUGAAUAAUCUCAAUUCGUCCAUACCCAAUUUCUUGUAUAGUUUAAACCGUCUUCAUUUCCUUAGUCUUAGUUCAAACCAGUUACAAGGAACAAUCUCGAGUGCCAUUGGAAACUUGAGCUCUGUUACUCACCUUGAUCUCUCAGAAAAUCAAUUAAACGGUCAAAUUCCGUUGUCUAUAGGGAAGUUAUCAUCUUUGAAGUUGUUUGAUGUUUCAGAAAAUCAAUUAAAUGGUCAAAUUCCAUCAUCGAUAGGGGAGUUAUCAUCUUUGAAAUACUUUGAUGAAUUGUAUUAG